CCGUGCAAUCAGACUUAAUCAGCCCAGCGUCACCCUCAAGUAAAGAAUUCACACUAGUGUUGAUUGUCUGUUCCAGAAAGGAUUCUGGGUAAAAAAUUACAAUUAUUUCCAGCGUAAAAAAAUUUAAAGUAAGCGUAUGAUAUAUUGGUAAGUGAUAUUUUCUGUGUGGGAUUCAUCUUUCAUGGAGAGCUGGUUAAUGACCAUCGCAUUUCCUCAUACAAUGACCAAUAACAUUUUCAGAUGAUGGUUUUAACAGCUGAUAAUAGAAAACCAAUCUGAAAAUCCGUUUUUCCGCCGUUGAAUUCCAACACAAUGGCACCAAUUGAUCACGUUUGUAUUACAUCUCUAAUGACUAUGUUCUCUCUGUUCAGACUUCGUUUAGCCUCUGUGUGAGCGCGUGUUGGGAAUUUGACAGAAAUCGCUGUGGAAUUAAUCGGAUCUCUGAAGACUGUGUGAAUUUUCCGGCAUGCGUUUUCCCUUUGUUUUGGUUCUAUCCUUUACGCUGCAAGUAGCCAUCAAAGCGUACACGUGUCCGGACCGUCAGCCUGAGGUGGGUCGUGAGUGUCAGAAGUCGUGUCACCCCGAGGACAGUCCCUGUAAGAGUGCCAGGAAGACGUGCCGGUGUGAUGGAGACUGUGGAUAUAGCUGUAUCAAUCAGAAUCACAGAUGUGAGAAGUUGGAGAAGACAAUUCCCAAUGGCCGGGUGGACAUCAAUCCCCAGAAUAUGUUCGGAGGGAUCGCUACUUAUGAAUGUGACUGGGGAUACGAGAUUCAGGGUCAAAAGGACCGGGUGUGUCAGGGAGACGAAAAGUGGGGAGGAGAGGCCCCUAAAUGUGUCUUAUCCAAAGGGAGCGACAAAGAAGGAUGUGGGUCCCCACCAAAAAUAGACUUUGCCACACAUAAUGGCAGAGAACUCGGCCCGGGGGAGAGGUAUCCCUCAGGAACUAUGCUGCAGUACUCCUGUAACAAGGACUACAGGAAAAACCCAGAUAACGUGGAAAGAGCCUGGUGUAUUGUGGGUGGGGAGUGGGUUGGACCAAAAAUGACCUGUCAAGCUGCUGGAUGCCCUAAACCUCCAGAGCCGCUUAACGGGGGAAUCAUCAUUCCCGCCUCUACUGGAGUCAACUCAAAAGUCCAGUACUUCUGUAAUCCGGGCUUUUAUCUCACCGGAAGGUCAGAACGCACCUGUCAAUCAGACAGCACGUGGGAGGGAGACGAGCCUCGAUGUGAAAAAGGUGGGAGUGAAACCUGUGGCCGCCCGCCGUAUGUUGAGAGAGCUUUCCAUGACUCUGGUGAGAUAGAGAGGUUCCCUGUGGGGACUCAGAUCCAGUACCGGUGUCAGGAGGGAUUCAUGCUGACAGAUCGGUACGCCAACAGCCGCGCGGUGUGUGAGCGGGGAGAGAGGUGGGAGGGGCCACGAAUGUCCUGUAAACCGGUUGAGUGUGGAUUUCCCUAUACAGUAGAGAAUGGUCAUAUCGAGGGAAUAGACUUUACCUACCCUCACUCCGUCAGGUUUGUGUGUCGGGAAGGCUACAGACUGAUAGGGAAUGAGACUUCAACGUGUCAAGCAAACGGCCAGUGGUCCUCCGAGUCCCCAAGCUGUGUGGCAAUCGACUGUCCAAUCCUUAAGUUCCCCGAGGGUGGGAGAAUACGGGGUUCCGGAAACGCUUUUGGCACCGUCCUUCGGUUUGAGUGUGACGCAGGUUUACAGCUUGAGGGCUCCAUUGAAAGACGCUGUAUGGAAAACGGGGAAUGGAGCGGAAAUGACGUCAGCUGUACAGCAGAAAUUGACUGUGGUUGGCCGAAGAACUUUUGGAAUGGUUACGUUUUAGGAGAAAAGACAACACUUGGAUCUACAUUAUUUUUCAGUUGUGUCGUUAGAACAACUUUUGAUGGUCCGUACUUUGAGACGAAGUGUUUGAGUAAUGGACAAUGGUCGAAUGCACCGCCGACCUGUUGGGGUCAGUGUUCGAUUCCAAACAUCGAGAAUGCAGAAGUUCAGGGUUAUCCCAUAGGAACAUGGAUUAACCACGGGAGCACCUUUGAGUACAACUGUAAAAAUGGACUGGUCCCAAUAAAGUCACGCAUUGUGACGUGUUAUAACGGAACCUUUACCCCUAGCACCCCUAAAUGCGUUCCAGCUCCUUGUCCAUCGCCCCCACCCCAUGUACAGAAUGGCAUACGACUUUUCAUUGGUCAGGAGCAUGGGCGCAGGGCGCGUUACAUUUGCAAUAAUGGAUUUAUACUGAGAGAGAUGAACCAGGAUUCUCCCUUUCUUAUUUGUGACAAAGGAAAAUGGACCGGUGGUAAUCCAAGAUGCGACGAAUUUUUUUGUCCAAAUCCCCGGACAAUAUCAAAUGGAAAAAUCAUCAAAAAGGAACCACAAAAUCUUCGGUUCAACUUCCCUCCAUACGUAACAACGAUAAAGCACGGUCAGAGACUGGAAUUUCAAUGUGACCCCGGAUAUGUGGUUAACGGAGCCAGUGGCGCCACCUGUAUCAAUGGAGAGUGGAUCCCCCCGCUAGGGGACGCAGGUUCGCAUUGUAAGCCGCAACAGUACCUCCCCCUACCCCGUCUGUGGACCCCCCGACCAGACAAGAACUUCUACGAGCCCUGAGAAAUGAAAUCAUAAUCUGUCAAGGCGUUAUGGAACAGAUUCAUUUCAGUGCCUUUCCAAAAAGUGUCUUCGUGCAGUUUUAAUCUCUGUCAUUAUAACCUUAUCAUCUCUCAUUCUUUUUAUCACACAUUAAUCAAAAGGAAACAGUAACAUUUUAACGCUUGAAUAUAUUUUACAUUUACAAUGUUUCUUGUAAAUUAAUAAAGAUUGAAAUGGUUUUGUAACGUAGCUAAGGAAACUAUGUUAACGUUGUACUAAGUGAUCAAGAAAAAAAUAGUUUUGUUUGUUUCAGGGUAGAUAUAUAGAGUUUAUUAUUUUGAUUUACUUUUGGGUUUUUUAUCUUUAGAUUUUUAAUAUAGAGUUAAAUGUGUUUUUAAUUUUUUUUUUUUUUACAUAAAAUCAUUUAUGUAUUAUUUGGCGAACGUUUUUAUUUUUUCAAAUGUUUUUAUCUUACUUUUUCUGCAUAAAAAAAAUUUCAAUCUGUCCUGGAAAACGGUUAAAAAACUUACUUUU